GAUUUAUCAAUGUCAAUUCUCGAUUAGCCGUUUCUUUUUUCUCGUUGCACCCCUUAUUUUCUAUCUCGGCGCUAUGGAUUUAAUGUUGUUUUAAUGGUCUAGCAGCUGUAUCUUCCGUCAAAUUUUACCUUUUCGCUCCUGAGAACAAGGAAACGGAGUCCGAUCAGCGAAAUAUAUUGCGGAUGUUCAAAAGCACCUGACCUGUCCUUUGUGCCGUUAUUUGUGUGAUACCCAAUUCCCAGACACAAAUUAGUAGUUUUCUGCUUUCGAAGUUAUUUGGUGCUCUCGGGGACACCAAGAAACUACCAUGGCAACUCCAUCUUCCAAGCCAAACCCAGGAGCGACUCCGACACAUCUUACUUCGUCGCCACGUCCUUCAGGUUCAAUGUCCAAGCCUAUCGCCCAUAAGUCACCAUCAGCGAGGACUCCAUCGGCUUCAGGGCCUGCUCAUCCCCACCAGCCGAGCACUUCGUCACAUCAAUAUGCUACGCCUCUCGCUGCAACUACAGGGAUUGACGAUGCCGUUACGUUUAGCUCACCAUCAGCGCUUCUAGCGCUCGGUGGUUUCAGUGGAAUUAGUCCGUCUCCAGCAGGUCAUGAUGGCUUGGUUGGUACUGGCAUGAAUGACAACGACAUCCAGGCAUUGGGGAUGCAAGGGCUGAAACUUGGCACUGCACGCGAUAGUGAAGAGGAACGCAGAAGACACAUAGAAGAUGUUGUUCAUCUGCUGCGUACUCGAGUUGCAGGUAGAGGGGUGAGCAGAGAGGGAAUCGAACGGUUAGCCCAACUUGAAGGCUUCGAGUCAAUCUGGCAGGAGGAUAACAUCAAUAUUGCUGGUAACUUUGUCGACCUUGAAAUUGAAUUUUAUCCGGGACAGAAUGCGGUAAAGGAUGUCAGUUUGAGUUAUGCGACCCCAGAAGCCACGGACGGGGAGCGACGAGAGGAGGCUACGGCUGUUCUAAAACGCCAUCUUAUACAACCCCCCGAUGAAGGUGACAGAGGGGUUUGGAAACCUCUGGCUGGGUUUUGCGAGAAUCUUCAAUGGCUUGCCAAGCUUGAUAGACUCAGUCAAGAAGUCAACUGCUUCGAAGCGAUCGAGGGUCUUUUCGAGAGCUUAAAACGAGUAUGGGACGAGGAAAGCAAAAAACCGAAAUUUGCUGGAUCUUAUGAGCAUCUCUGCAGUGGGUGGAUUGGCCGGCCAUGCAUACACAAAGGAAGCCGGAUUGGAUUCGGGCUGGAUUAUUGGGUACAACAAGCCCGGGCUUUAGAUACAAAGCAAAAGAAAGUAUCCCCUGAUUCCAUGGUAGUUGAUCAGCCGUCUGAUCAAUUAUCUGAAGAGGAAAUGGGGAUUCAGCAAAAGACUUGGAGUGUUAUGAUUGAAUGUGAAGAAGGCUACCCGCCACUUCGCGUAUCCAAAGACUGGGUGGGCUCCGAGAUAUUCACACCUAUUAAUUCCAACGAGAUAUCUUCAUCAAACGAACCCGCGAAUCCAGACGCUACGAUGGUCAAUUGGUCCGAUCCACCACAGACUUCGAGUUCAAUGAACCAAGGGCAUUCAGAUGCGAUGGCUAUCGACUCGGAUAUGAUGGGAUCCUCUGCGCCCAACCGUCGAUUCGUCGCUAAAAUAGAGCCCCCUCUUGAUGUUCCUAUCCUGGCGGCUUCGGAUAUCUACAGAAACCUAGGCUUACAAUUGCCCCAAGAAUUCAAGAUGGUCACAUACGAUGGGUUGUUAGUUCCAGGGUGGUCACCUUUGUCAGCGGGAGAUACGAUUGGCAUUGGCCCUGGCGACUCGCCUCAAAUUGACCGAAGGAAACGCAGAAUGCCUGUGCAGGCAUUUGAUCAAGAAGGCAAGCAGUGUACGAAACAGCACAGCUACACUUUCCAAGCGUUUGAGUCGGUUGCUGGCCGGACAAUGCGUGAUAUCCCAUUCUCACACCCGCGACAGCUUGCAGAUAUUCUUCCGGUAUGUGCAUUGUUAUAUCCUUGGCCAUUGAAUGAUUUCUCACAAAUAUUAUGUUGAUGCUUUAUAGAUCCUGCGACAGUAUGCUCUACUAGCGAGCAUGAUCCGCAAAAUCUUUAACCCAUCUACCAAG